AAGACUACAUAAUCGGUUAUUUGGGUGAUAAUAAAAUUAUUAAAGACUUUCAUCGUGAGUUUCUUAAUAAGCGGAUUGAAUUACGUCCUAGAGUACAACAGCCACGAAAAGAUGAUUUGUCUGGACCAGCGGCAGCUUUAACUGCAGAUGUAGCAGAGCAUUCUAAGUCUGUCAACACUGCGUUAACACAUUCCAAACAAAAUGUUACUAUGACCGCAAAUAAUGCAUCCUCCGUUAAAAAGAAGAAACAGAAGCAGCAAAAGGUUUUGGAUCCCGCCACUCUGGGUUUUCGUGCUGUGCCAGAUCCAAAUCGUGUGAAUGCUGGUGAGAUUGAUUCAGUUCCUCCAGCACUACCAGGAACAAAUAGAAAGCGCUAG